AUGUUCAAUACUUUCGUUGGGGUCAAUAACAGUGAUUCGGUGCAAAGUCCAACUGAGCGACGUCGUUCAAUUGUUACUAAAGCAUGCGUGGAAUGCCGCAGACGCAAAACCAAGUGUAUUGGAACGCAGCCUUGCACGGGCUGUUUGGCCUGUAACGUGGAAUGUGUUUUCCCUGAAUUUCGUCGGAGGGGAAGGAAGAGUCAGAAGGCGGCAAUUAACGCUGCCCCUGGUGGGGAUUAUGAAGCUGUUGUCAAGCUCCUCUUUCCGAAUACCUCUAUACAGACACUCAAAAGUCUUUCUCGUGCAAACUUAUUAGAGCAAGCCCGACUGGAAGGUGACUUCACUCCUGGGACAAGCAACUAUAGUUCCUCGGUUACAUCCCCCGACGUUGUAUUCCCGCAGAAGCCGAGAUCCGUGCCGGACUCGGAUGCCCAUGAUCGACUCUACAAGUUACAGUAUCAGGAGUCGGCGAUCUUUGAGUGGGAUGAGAAUUCGCCGGCAGUUUGCACGUCUGUGGAAGAUGAUGUGAAUGCACUCUCUCUGUCGAACGAUUCUAAGACCUCUUUUGUGGGAAUUUCAUCAGUUGCUGCAGCUGUCAGAGCUUUAACAAAGAUUGUCCCAUCCCGGAUACAGAACCCAUCUAGGUCAGAAAAAGCAAACUCUGGAAUAUUCGAAGAUUUGCGAACGACAACAAUAACAGCUUCCAACCUCGGGCCAAUAUGUUCAUACCGUGAAGAACAAAGAUUGAUCGACGCCUAUUUUGCGGGAAUUCACGUUUUCGCUCCCGUCAUACACGAGCCCAGCUUUCGCAGCAGGUAUCUGAAUCAUCAAGGAACUACGGAUCGAUCAUGGCUUGCCCUUUUGAACAUAGUACUCGCGCUCGGCAGCAUAACCUCAUCGCCGGGGGACUCCGAAGAGGAUUUGCAGUACUUCCAUCUAGCUCAACAGUAUCUAUCACUGGAAAGCUUAGGCAGUGGUCGGUUAGAGACUUUACAAGCCCUGCUGCUCAUGGGAGGCCAGUACCUGCAUUUCAGAAAUCGCCCAAACAUGGCUUCUGCAAUAAUUGGGGCUUGUUACCGGAUUGCAGGUGGCCUGGGGCUACACCUUCAAUGUCCCGAAGACAUGCAAGGAAAGUUUUCUCCACAAGAAGAGAUAAAGCGCCGCAAUUGGUGGACGAUUUAUGUCCUCGAUACGUGGGGAUCUGUGACGUUGGGGAGACCUUCAAUUACACAUGGGAUUGCGGUAGAACUGCCAAACAACAUUCUUGAUGACAAGCGCGGUAUUCUUCCUAUGUCAGAGCCCACGAUAAACUCACCUCUCAUCCAUAAUAUCCAGCUGUGCAAGAUCAUCAACCUUAUCCAAGAUCGCUUGAUAGUGAACUCAGUUAUGGCAGACGAUGAGCUUCGCCACUAUGAUGAGAUGUUGUUAACAUGGUUUGAAAGUCUACCGCCAUUCCUACAUUCUGUGAACAUUUGCCCGCCCGAUCUUCAGGAUGCCCGGGUGGUUCUCAAGUGGAGGUAUCACAAUAUCCGAUUUCUAUUACAUAGGCCGAUUCUCCUCGACACUGUCAUCAGAAUCAUUCCCAUGAAUCAUCUCGCUCUCAACGAACGGGUAGCCGUCUCCAAAUGCCGGGACAUCGCCAUGGAGACUAUUUUUAGCAUUCAGGCGGAAUGGCGACCCAACAAAAUCUGUUGCUGGAAUGCUGUCUGGUUCCUAUUCCAAGCGUGCCUUAUUCCCUUGAUGGCAAUCGCGGUUGAAUCAGAAGACCAUGAAGAUUAUCAAAACUGGUGCAAUCAAGUUCAGACUGGGAUAGAUGCUUGCGAGGAGAUGUCACAAUUCAGCCCCGUGGGCAGAAGACAAAGACUGUUCUUAUGCAAAUCUUCAUGGCUGUUGUCAAUAAUUCAACGGUCAAUUCGAAACACGAAGUGGACGCAGAAGCUCAACCUCCGAUUGAUACGGUUAUGGGAUUGUUCGCUGGCGAUUGGGAUCAGUUAA